AUGUCAAUACCUAUGAACGAAAUAUCUUCACCUGUCGAAAGAACAACCAACUCAGUAGGAACUGUAUCGGACACAAAGAUUCGUCGAUUUUUUGUUAAUCGCUUCCAAAUUAUUAAAAAUGAAUUGAAACAAAUAUUGACAUUUCAUCCACAAGAAUGGAUUAAUGCAUUUCGAUUCAAUUCAUUAUAUCCAUUAUUUGUACGAGGUGAUAUUGAUGGUUUCAUAGCAUUAUUUAUUAAUACGUUAGCAACAUUACUAGCAGUUAUAUUAAGUUUACAACCAAUAUUAGGGAAUGAGAUUGUCUAUGAAAAGAUUAUACCUGGAGUUGGAUUAUCCAUGUUUUGGGGUAAUUUAUAUUAUGCUUAUAUGGCACGGAAGCUUGCAUUCAAAGAAAAACGUGGUGAUGUAUGUGCUAUGCCAUUUGGCAUGAAUACUCCAGGUGCAUUUGCUUUUAUCUAUGUUAUUAUUCUACCUACCUAUUAUGGAUGCAUAUCAUCUCAUGAAAAAGUCUAUUGCCAAGAAUUAGCAUGGCAUGUAGCUUUAGCUAGUAAUUUUAUUACUGGUAUUAUUCUUUUAUUACUGAGUAUAUUCGGUGAAUUUAUUCGACAAAAUACACCCAGUGUUGCUUUACUUUCAUCAAUUUCUGGUCUUGGAUUUGUCUUUCUAGCACUUAAUGAAUAUUUACCAAUAGCAGCAACACCCAUUGUUUCAUAUCUUCCAUUUGCUAUCGUAAUGUUAGGAUAUUUUGGUGAAGUUAAAUAUGGUCCUUUUCCUGUAGCAUUAGUUGCAUUAACUAUCGGUACAGGACUUGGUUGGGCUACUUCACUAAAUCAGGCUUCCGCAGUACGUGAAGCAGUUCAUUUUGUCAAAAUCUAUAAACCAAGUUUUCCAAUCAUAGAAAUCUUUCGUCAUUUCAAUACGAUUAGUAGUUAUCUAUCAACAACAAUACCUACAGCUAUAUCGAUUGCUAUUUCAACGAUUCAAUGUAUUGAAUCAGCUAAACGUUCAGGUGAUUUUUAUCCAACACGAGAGGCGAUGUUUGCCGAUGGAAUGGGAACAAUAAUUGCCAGUUUAUUCGGAUCAAUUUUUGGCAUGACAAUUUAUAUUGGCCAUUCAGCAUUUAAAAAGAUGGGUGCUAAACAAGCUUAUUCAAUUAUACAUGGUCUCGCUUAUUUACCAUUGUGUUUUCUUGGAAUUACUGCUGUAUUGAUUUCAACAAUUGCUAUUGUAUCAAUCAAUCCUAUUAUGGUCUUUAUUGGUUUGAUUAUAUGUAGUGAUACUUUAUCAAUAACUCCUAAACGUCAUUAUCCAGCAUUUCUCCUAGGUAUAAUGUCAAUUGUAGCAGAUUGGGCACAAGGAACAAUUAUUAAUGGUGUCUCGACUGCAUAUUCUAAUUUUACUAUUUCAAAUACUCAUUUUUCACCAAAUGUAACAUCUACUAUAUCAAGUUUUUCCUAUCGUGGUCUUAUUAAUUUUGCUGGUGGUUCACAAUUACAAUGUAUUUUUAUUACUGCUAUUAUGAUGUAUAUGACUGAUCGAAAGUUUAUUCAUGCUGCUAUUUGGUCUUUUCUUGCAGGAAUAUUUUCUCUUUUUGGAUUAAUUAAUUCAACAACUGUUGGUAUUUUAGUGAAAAAGAACGAUGAUGGUUGGCGAUUUGCGAUUAGUUAUAUGUCAAUGGUUAUAUUAUUUGGUUUAUUAGAAUUUGCACAACGAAAAAAAUGGAUUAAAGAACAAGAAACCGAACCUGAUGAUUUAUCAAGUAUAGAAUGGAUUGAAUGGAAAAGACAACAAGAAUUAAAACAAUCAAAUAUAACUAUUUCAUAA